AUGUCGUCCGAGCGAGUUAAAGACAAAAAGGGCGAGACUAUCAAUGAGGGUGACUAUGUCUAUACCCGCUAUCGGGGCGGAUCUCAUGAAGGAGAGGUCGAAAAGAUUGUGAGGGAUCAAGCUGAAGCAGAUGAGGAGAACGUCGCGAAUCCCCCUAAAGCUAUCUUCACCGAUCAACAUGGACAUCGGGUUGCCCACAAUCCCAGCACGUUGGAGAAGACCGGAUGA